UUGUGUUUAGUUCAGUUGAACUCAGAGCCGUAGAAGAAGACGAGUGUGUCUUUCCUGUGUCUUCAGCCUCAUUCCGCGCAUCAAUAGUAGCAUUUUUUUUGCAAUCAUGUCUAUUGAAAUAGAGUCAGCUGAUGUGAUCCGUCUGAUCAUGCAGUACCUGAAGGAAAACAACUUGCAUAAGACUUUAGUAACACUCCAGGAGGAAACGACGGUGUCCCUCAACACGGUGGACAGUAUUGAGAGUUUUGUGGCUGAUAUCAAUAGCGGUCACUGGGACACUGUACUUCAGGCUAUACAGUCCCUCAAACUCCCUGACAAGACCCUCGUUGACCUUUACGAACAGGUCGUUCUUGAGCUGAUUGAGCUCCGAGAGUUGGGAGCUGCCAGGUCUUUGUUGAGGCAGACGGACCCCAUGAUCAUGCUUAAACAAACCCAACCUGAGCGAUACAUCCACCUGGAGAACCUUCUGGCUCGCUCAUACUUUGACCCUAGAGAGGCCUAUCCUGAUGGCAGCAGUAAGGAGAAGCGUAGAGCAGCCAUAGCUCAGGCUCUCGCUGGAGAGGUCAGUGUGGUACCGCCGUCACGUCUGAUGGCUCUGCUUGGACAGUCUCUGAAGUGGCAGCAGCAUCAGGGUCUUCUGCCUCCUGGUAUGACCAUUGAUUUGUUCCGAGGUAAAGCAGCUGUGAAGGACGUCGAGGAGGAGCGAUUCCCCACACAGCUGGCCAGACACAUCAAGUUUGGUCAGAAGUCUCAUGUUGAGUGCUCACGCUUCUCUCCUGAUGGCCAGUAUCUGGUUACUGGAUCUGUGGAUGGAUUUAUUGAAGUGUGGAACUUCACUACUGGAAAAAUCAGAAAGGAUCUGAAGUAUCAGGCUCAGGAUAACUUCAUGAUGAUGGAUGACGCAGUGCUGUGCAUGUCUUUCAGUCGGGACACUGAGAUGUUGGCCACGGGAGCCCAAGACGGCAAGAUUAAGGUAUGGAAGAUUCAGAGCGGUCAGUGUCUGCGGCGGUUUGAGCGCGCUCACAGUAAAGGCGUCACCUGUCUCAGCUUCAGUAAAGACAGCACUCAGAUUCUCUCCGCGUCCUUUGACCAGACUAUCAGGAUUCAUGGGUUAAAAUCAGGCAAGUCUUUGAAGGAGUUCAGAGGUCAUUCUUCAUUUGUAAAUGAAGCCACACUUACUCCCGAUGGACAUCACGUCAUUAGCGCCUCAUCUGAUGGAACUGUGAAGAUCUGGAACGUGAAGACCUCGGAAUGCACCAGCACAUUUAAGUCUCUAGGCACCUCCGCUGGAACAGACAUCACUGUUAACAAUGUCAUCCUGCUCCCCAAAAACCCAGAGCAUUUUGUUGUGUGUAACCGAUCCAACACUGUUGUCAUCAUGAACAUGCAAGGCCAGAUUGUGAGGAGUUUCAGCUCUGGUAAGAGAGAGGGAGGUGAUUUUGUGUGCUGUACUCUGUCUCCACGUGGAGAGUGGAUCUACUGUGUCGGAGAGGACUUUGUGCUUUACUGUUUCAGCACAGUCACAGGCAAACUAGAGAGAACCUUGACAGUUCAUGAGAAGGAUGUUAUUGGUAUUGCCCACCACCCACACCAGAAUUUAAUUUCCACAUACAGUGAAGAUGGGCUCCUCAAACUCUGGAAGCCAUAACAGAUGUGGCGUCGAUAUGAGGAUCCUGAUUAGAUAGAGCAGGAGAAUACAAUUACAAUAUGUUGCCUAUUUUUAACCCUUUUUGUGUAUAUACCUGUUUUUUUAAGUGCAGUGGAUAACUUUUUCAUUUUUUUCUACAGUGUCAAAUUUGGUUAAUGGAAGCAUCUGUAAUUUAUAGCAACAAGAUUUUUUUUUUGAUCCAACAAUAAUUAUUUUCAAUAGUUUUUUCUUGUCAUUUAUUUUUUUGUCCAUUAAAACAUUUAACUGAAAGUAGUUGUAUCUGUUGAAUGUUGAAACGCUAGAGAUGUAGAUUGUUUGAAAAAAUAGCCAAAGCAAUAUUUGUGAUUAAUCUUAAGUGACAAAAAUAUGUUCAUGUUAAAAUACACAAAGACAGCAAUUUAAAUAUAUAAUAUUUUCAUCA